UUUCUUCUUUCUUCCAUUUGUCAUGGUGGUUGAAGAAAAGGAAAAAAAAGAUUGUUGGGUGAUGGUUAUGUUGUUUAGUGCACACACUUAUUGUUUGGGUUAUAUAAGUAGAAAAAUGCAGAAAAAAGAGAAAAAAUUGGCCUGGGCCAGCAACACACACAGACGACAAAAUAUAACUUGUGUAGGGAGGGGGGAAAAUGAAGAAGAAGAAGAAUAAAAGAAGAAGAAAAAGGAUGAAUAUAUAUGAAGAAAGGACACAAAAAAAGGAGAAUAUUUUUGGUUUUAUAUAGAGAGAAAAGCAAAGGCGAAUAGCGAAUUAGUAGAUGAGUAGCACAUUUUUGUCACUCUUACCACCCCAAAACCACCCAUUUUUAUUAUUUUUCCUCCUCACUUUUCAUUUGCUUUUUGAAUGAAGAGAGAGAUAGGAGAAGUAGCAGCAAAUAGUUUAUAUAUUAUUUUAUUAUAUUCACAGUGGGAAGGAAAGGCGUAAAUGUUUUGGAGAAAAUAAAAAAAAUUUUUUUG